AUGAGUAGCGACAAAUUGACUAUCUACUUUCCAUUCUUUGACUAUACUACUGAGCUAUCAAAAACAAAGGAUGUUAUAACUUAUCUUAUCUUCAAGCUCUACAAUAUACUCUUUAAUCAUUUAGAACAGGCAAAAAAGCAGCUCAAACCUUUAGAUGCUGGUUAUAACAAACUUCGUAUUCAUUAUGCACAGACAGACCAUAUACGAGGGCAUAUCUUUGCUGUUAGCACAAUGCUAACCCGUCUCUUAGAUAACCAAUCUACUCCUAAUCCUCAGACUCAGCCUACAUCUACUUUACGGCUAAGUAAGAUGUUGAGUGGUAAUCAAAGAGCCACAAAGCCUACAGACGACGAAGUAAGCCAGUAUCUAGACGGUGAUCUAAUUAAGAUUAAGCCACUACAAUACUGGCGUAAGAAUCAAUCCCGUUUUCCUGCGAUCAUACAGCUUACUCGAGAUAUACUCUCUAUUCCAGCAACCGGUGUAGGUGUUAAACGGCUUUUUAAUACUGCGCGUAAUAUCUGUCAUUACCGACGUGGCCAAGCAGAAACAAAGGAGCUAGAGCAGUACUUUUCCCUACAGGAGAUUAAGGCAUAUCCAGAGGAGGUUGAGGUUGAGAUAGAUAGUAUUAGUGAUCAUAAGGAGGAAGAUAUAGUAGAUCCUAAGGAGAGAGAGGAAAUACCUAGCUUAGAUAGUUAUAAUCAUAAGGAGCUACAGCCAACACAGUCUCUACUGCUAUUGCAACCUCGUCACUCAGGACGAAAGCAAAAGGCUCGGACUAAUGAUAUCUUUAAGGUUUACUAG